AUGAAAGAUAAACUUCGUGAUAAUGUAGCGGAUAGUAAUAUUAUGCGGCAACUUAAAAUUGCUGAUGAAAGUCAAAAAAAUACAUCAAAAUCUCAAAAGCAAGAAUUAUUCGAAUUACUUUCACAUUCAAAUAAGUUACAUCCACAAUCAUGUUAUAUUAGCCGCUAUAUUCAUACUCUUCAUGGAUUGAAUGAUUUAUUGGAAGAAAUAAAAUCUGCAAAAUCUUCAAAUCCUAAUUUAAUAAGCCCAAAGAAUCAAUUACUUUAA